UGAUUCGCCAGAGGCAAGAGCGGGUGAAUAGCUUGAAGCGCUUGUCUCGCCUGACGUCACUUGGGCAAGAUGGCGACAGACUGGAGGUUGCCGAAAGCUGUAUGUGCAGAAGCUGAAGUUCCCUUUACCACUGAGGAGAGUGAUGAUGAGGGCGAACCAAGUGAUCCAAAAGAGCCAGAACUGCCGGCUGAGUUUAAAACACUUUGGGAGGAAGCCACAGAGAACCCAUACAACUUCAACGGCUGGGCAAAAGUGUUGGAGUAUGUUGAAACAAUGAAUAACCUUGUGGCAGGCAGAAAGGUCUAUGAUGCUUUUCUCACACGCUUUCCAUAUUGUUAUGGCUACUGGAAGAAGUAUGCUGACCUAGAACUUCAGUUACGUAAUACAGCUGAGACAGAAGAGGUCUACUGCCGGGCACUGCAGUCUAUUCCACUUAGUGUGGAUUUGUGGAUAAAUUACAUAACAUUUCUUAAAAACACCCUGGACACAGCACUGCCAGAAUCCAUUGAGAAACUGCAAGGAGCUUUUCGAUCUGCUGCAGCGGCUGCAGGCAUGGAAUUCCGCUCAGACAAAUUCUGGGAAAUGUAUAUAGACUGGGAGAUAAAACAAGGGAAUUUCAGAGAAGCUACAGCAGUCUAUGACCAAGUACUUAGUAUUCCCACCCAACUGUACAGGCAGCACCAUGAAAGAUUUAAGCAACAUAUCUCUGCCCAUGCACCUCAUGAACUUCUUAGAGAAGAGGAGUUUAAGUGGAUCUGCUCCAAAAUCAAGGCUGAAGGGGAAAACGAUCAAAUUGCUGCAGAAGACUCUCCAUCUGGUGAUGACCAGGAGAACCCAGUGGAUGUCACAGAUCCUGAAUUGCAGUCCAAAGUGAAAGCACAGGUUUUAAUUAUAAGGGAGCAGUUAUUUCUUCUUAAUGAAGCAGAGGUCAGGAAGCGGUGGAGUUUCGAAGAGGCGAUCACACGUCCAUAUUUUCAUGCCACGCCGCUAGAUCGUACCCAGUUGCAGAACUGGCGAAAAUACCUGGAUCUUGAAAUAUCUCAAGGCCGCCAUGAGCGCAUAGUGACAUUGUAUGAACGCUGCCUGGUGGCCUGUGCUUUAUAUGAGGAAUUCUGGCUGUCUUAUGUCCAGUAUAUGGAGCCUCAUUCUAUUGAAGCUGCCCGUUGUAUAUUGCAAAGAGCAUGUUGUAUUCAUUUGCCCUUGAAACCUACUCUGAGCUUAUACUGGGCAGCAUUUGAGGAAAAGCAUGGACAAAUCGACACUGCCCGUUCAGUCUUGUAUGACCUGGAAAAUUUGAUGCCUGGACUUGCCAUGGUUCGGUUAAGGCGCGUGAGUCUGGAGAGGCGGACUGGGAAUUUAGAAGAGGCCGAGCAUCUGUUGGAGGAAGCUGUGAAGAGCAGCUUGGGUACUGAACUAGCUGCCUUUUAUUCAGUCAAGCUGGCAAGGCUACUACUUAAGCUUCAGGGAAACAUGGAGAAGGCAAGAAAGGUUCUAACUGAGGCUUUGGAGAAAGAACCGGAUAAUCCACGGCUGCACCUCUGUUUGCUGGAGAUCGAGGUGUCCAGAGAAGGUUCACAGGGAGAAGCAGACGCUUUAUUAUGUGUGGAACGGGCACUAAAAAGCAGUCUUUCUGAUGAUUUCAAGAAAAUGAUAUCGCAAAGACGUCUGGAGUUCUUAGAAGAUAACAGCUCCAAUAUCACCAGUGUUCUUAGUGCCUAUGAUGAGCAUCAAAAGUUCCUGAAACAGGAAGAACUGAAGCGGCAAGCAGAGAAUGGGAGUGAAGAUGAAACAGAAGAAAAGAAACCCAAAACAGAAACUGUUGUUCACAUAUCCGCACCCCCUGUACAUGUUAACCGUAACACUUUACAUCCUCGUCCUAUGAAUUACAAUACCCUACUUCCUACUCCCACAGUUUCAGCACCACCAUAUAGGCCAAUGCUGGGAGCUCAUUACAGAGCACCAGCCUACGGCUAUGGACCCUGGUAUCAGAAUUAUAGUGCAUAUAACCCACCCCCAUGGAAUUACAACAGAUUUUAUCAGCCACAUUGAACCAAGCAUUCAGUUGACCUUGCAGGAGGCAACUUUGUAUCAGGCCAGGAAGUCCUGAGAGAGACUGAGCUUUCUGCCCCCACCAACUGCUUUCUUAUUGGGAGAGAAUGGAUCCCUGCAUGGUGCAGGCCUGGCAGUUUCAUUUUUAGCAUUGUUCUGUUUGGCAGAGGAUUUACCUUAAGGCGUCACAAGCGCCAUUACACAUACACAGUCUGUUUCUGUGUGUUUAUAACAAAUAUGAGUGCUGUGUUACCCUACAGCUGGCCAGUAGUGACAGUGAUGUUAUCCCCUUGUAAAUAAAAUGGACCAAUAAAGUUGGAGGAUUCCAGAUUAACAUCUAAGCUAUGACUUCUAGUCCUAUUUUGGGUUCUACCUCGGAACCUUAAUGGAGUACAAAAAAGUACAAACUGUUAUAACAAUUUAUUUGCUGAAACAACUGAGCACAGACAGUGGAAUAUUUUCAUAAUGUUCAGAAUCAUAAGGUCUCUCCCCUUCCAGCUCUUCAAGGUUUUUUGUUUUUUUUUGGCGUGUGUCACUCUGCUUUGUGCUCCAGUUUUAUGGCAUCAGUGGGGGGG